GGACCAGUUGGCGAGGCGCGCCCGAGAGCCCUCGCAUGAAGCGGCUCGAGCGGACGAGAGCGCCGCCACGGCCUGAUCCCAGGCAGCAGCUCCAGCGCCCCCCUGGCCGCGCCACGUGCCUUUGCCGCCACUGCCACAAGGCAGCCUUGCGCGGCGCCCCCCUCGCCAGCUGACCCCCCGAAAGCGGCGGGGCAAGUGCCCGCCUCAGCAUGAGGAGAGAGCCGGGGGCGGGCAGGCGCGCGACCAAGAGCUAACCCCCGGGCGCUGCCCCCUCUCUCUUCUCCCUUCUCCCAGGAGGCCGAGAGAUGCCCGAGGCCAAGAGAUGCCGUCCCGCGCUGCAGACCCUCCUCUUCAUCCUCCUCUUCGCUUCCGUCGCGACCCUCACGCCCGGGCUCGAGGGCAGCAGCGCUCCAAGGAGCCGACCCCGGGACCUCCAGGCGCCGGCGGGAGACAGAAGGAUGCUGCUCGAGCUCCUGCUCAAAGCUCUGGGGGAUGGCGGCGGCGGCAGCCACCAGGUGCUUCCACACCCCUUCGGGCCCGAGCGGGUCAUCGCCCGGCGCUACAGCGGCAGCGGCGCCCUUCACCCGGCACCGGCUGUGGAUCAGGAACCUCGAGGGUUGGCUCUCUCGUCCGCCUCGUCCUCCAGGGAGCGAAUGGCUGGGCAGCCGGCCAGGCUCGCCUCCAUUCCCAGGCACGGAGAAGUAUUUCCAAGAGAUUCCAAUUUAAAAGACAAGUUUAUAAAACACUUUACAGGUCCAGUCACAUUUUCAGCUGAAUGCAGCAAGCAUUUCCACCGUCUCUAUCACAAUACACGGGACUGCUCGACUCCAGCCUAUUACAAAAGGUGUGCAAGAUUGCUGACGAGGUUAGCAAUGAGCCCGUUGUGUACACAGCCAUAGGAGAUCUGCUUGCUUUCCUGCUAAGACAGAACUCUGGUUUGCCAAGAAAGUGCCUUGAAAUCUACCCCAAGACAACAGAAAAGACAUCUUGACCUUACGUCAUUUUUUUGUCUCGAGAUGUGUUUUAUUUUCAUAUAUGUUGGACAUUCCAUAUUUGUCUGAAUGAAACAUAUUUUAUUUGAAUGUGUAAAUAUAUUGCGUAUAGCUCAAAUAUACCAAUUUAUUUAAAUAAGUUGUAUAUAAAGAUUACUAAUAAUAUACUAAUUAACUAUUAUGCAGGGAGUUGAGUAGUGUUCUCUUGUUUUGUUGUAUGUAUGCCAUUUUGCUCAGGCUCUUACUUUCAUUAUUUGCACUAACUUGAAAUUAAGAAAUCUCUGUAACUGAAAUCUGAAAAAGUUGGAAAUGCGAUGUUCAGUGGAAAAUAUUUUAUAUUAUGAAGCUUUGGUUUAUAUAUAUAUAAAUUGGUAUGUGUGUGUGUGUGUAUGUGUGUGUACACACACACACACACACACACACACACACACACACA